UGAAAUGCUCUCGAACCUGUGGAUCAUAUCAUCGGUGGAGGGAAGUCGCCACGAAAGCUGGCGAUGUGCAUGUUAAACAGCACGAUCUUUUAUAUGUGAAUGAAUUUUAUAUAGUUUAUUUUACUAAUAUAUAUUGAUGGUAUAACAGACUUCUUUCUACAAGGAUAAGCCCAACAAACAUUCAAUAAUGGAUGUGCUCUUUUCUAAGGAUAGGAUCUUCAAACUGUGUUUAAUUUUACUAUAUUUUUGGAGUACUGUGCAUAUUUCAAAUACAGCUGAAGUAGAAAACACAACAUGCACGUCAGAAAAUUUUCGGUGUUCAAAUGGUAGGUGCAUUCCAAGGAGAUGGGUCUGUGAUUAUCAGAGAGAUUGUGAAGAAGGAGAGGAUGAAUAUCAAUCUUGUUCACCUCCACAAUGUAAUUCUAAUCAGUUCUCGUGUGGCCAUUAUGUUUUUAAUCAGUCAUUUUGCAUUCCUCGAUAUUGGCGAUGUGACAGGAUAGUAGAUUGUGUCGAUGGCACAGAUGAAGGAGAAACAUGUA